AUGGCCAAGAAGGACAAGAAGAACAAGGAGGCAAAGAAGGCGCGGAUAGCCCAGAAAAAUGAGAAGAAUGCCAAGAAGGCAGGUGAGAAGCUGAAAAAACUCUCGAAAAAGGCCGGAGACGAUCUAGAAGACGACGUGGAUCUGGAUGAACUACUGAAGCAGCUAGCUUUAGAACAGCAGGAAUUUGAGGAAGUUCAUGUUGAAGUUAUUGAUAGGUCGUUGAAAAGACUGAACGCCACUUUUGCUGCAAGCAACACUAACGGCCGUCGAGAGUUGGUCCUGUUUGGAGGCGAAGUUAACACGGGCCAGACAGUCCAUUUCUAUAAUGAUCUGAAUGUUUUCUCCGUUGACUCGAAAACUUGGAGACGAUAUGUGUCCAAAAACUCGCCACUUCCGCGGUCUUCCCAUGCCAUGUGCUACCAUCCGUCUGGCAUCUUUGUGAUGCAUGGUGGUGAAUUCUCGUCUCCUAAACAGUCCACUUUCCACCAUUUUUCAGAUACGUGGAUUCUGGACUCUCAGACCAAGGAAUGGGCCAAAGUCGAUGGAAAGGGUCCUCCAAACCGUAGUGGACAUCGUAUGGCGUGCUGGAAGAAUUACGUGAUGCUGUUUGGUGGAUUUCGUGAUCUUGGUUCCCACACCACGUAUCUCAAUGAUCUAUGGCUGUUUGACAUCACCACGUACAAAUGGAAGCAGGUGGAGUUCCCGGCGUCGCAUUCUGUCCCAGAUCCACGAUCGGGACAUUCAUUUAUGGCCACGGAUUUUGGUGCUAUAGUUUAUGGAGGUUACUGCAAGGUGAAGGCUGGUAAGGGACUUCAGAAGGGAAAGAUUCUGACCGACUGCUGGGCACUCAACAUGAAGAGCGAUCCUGCGCAGAUCCGGUUUGAACGCCGUCGGAAACAGGGUUUUCAGCCGUCGCCGCGUGUUGGAUGCUCCAUGCAAUACCACAAGGGCAGAGGUAUGCUCUUCGGGGGUGUUUUCGAUUACGAGGAGACAGAGGAGACUCUGGAUUCUGAGUUCUACAACACGCUCCUUUCAUACAACGUGGAAACUAACAGAUGGUCCAAUCUGUCUCUGCGGUCGAGCAAGAAAAAGGCCGCAGCUAAAAAAGAAAAGGUGGAUAGAACCCGACAACUAGAGGAAAUGCUCAACUCUAUUCUUGCAAAACAUAAUCUGGCAGACGACGAAGAGGAUGAGGCGCCUGUUGCGGAAGAAGACGACGACGAGUCUGACGAGAGGCUGGAGAUUCGCAACGAAUUGCCCCAUGCUCGUUUCAAUGCCCUGACCUGUGUCGUGGAUGACACUUUGUACAUUUACGGAGGCAUGUACGAAGCCGGAGAACAGGAGUUUAAUCUGGACUCAUUCUACUCGAUCGACCUAUCCAAGUUGGACGGAGUUAGGGUGUUCUGGGAGGACUUGUCUGAGUUAGAGAGACAAGAAGCGGAAGACAGCGACGAGGAGAGCGACGACGACGAUGAAGACGAUGAGGAGGAGCAAGACACGGCAAUUUUGGUGGCAGAGGAGGAAGAGGAGGAGCUGGAGGAGGAAGAGCUGGAGGAAGCAGAGAUUCCUGACGAGCAUCCUUGGCUGCCUCAUCCAAAGGCGUUUGAGUCGCUUAGAGCGUUCUAUUUGCGUACUGGUCCAGAUUUCCUCACGUGGGCCAUCAGCCAAAAUCCAGAAUCUCGUGGAAAGUAUCUGAAGACAAAAGCUUUUGCUCUGUGUGAGACCAGAUGGUGGGAACGGAGAGAGGCUGUCCAAAUGGAAGAGGAAAGUUUGGAGGAGAAUGGAGUUACCGAUGUUAUAGAGAAAGACUUUUCGAGAGCAGAGAAAAGAAGAUAGA